AUGGAGCUUAAUGACCUUCUCACGAAUCUUCCGGCAAAGCCAGGUGAUCUCGUUGGCAUCUUCAACCACGAGGGAGAGGGCAUGAUGCUCUAUUGUGGCCAAGAAGUCGGCAUAUCGGCCUCCUACAAGUUUUUCAAUGAUGCUCUGACGUAUCUCGAUCAAGUUAAAGUCCAGUUUCAUGAUCAGCCAGACGUCUACAAUCGCUUCUUGGAUAUAAUGAAGGACUUCAAGAGUCAGGCAAUCGAUACCCCUGGGGUUAUCAACCGUGUAUCGGAGCUCUUCGCUGGACAUCCCAAUCUUAUCCAAGGGUUUAACACUUUCCUGCCUCCCGGCUAUCGUAUCGAGUGCGGAGCAGGCAAUGACCCAAAUACAAUCCGAGUCACUACACCUAUGGGCACCACGGUCCAAUCCAUCACCGGACGUGGAAACCAGGGCGAUGGCCAUGGGCCCGUCACAAACCAGCCUCUGUUCCCUGAGAGAGGCGGGCAGUGGCAGCAACAAAGGCCUCAGCACAGCAUUGAAAGCCCCGAGGCCCAGUUCAGCACGCCUGUCCAGAACGGUGCGAGCCUCUUUGUUCAAGCUGCAGCCCACAAUGCUGCCUUCAAUGAGAGCAACAACUCCGCCCAGCGACGUGCCCUGCCGCAAGGCAGCGUGGGUCCUGGUGAGGGGCCAAACGCCCGUCUUGCAUUGACACCCACCCCUUCAGGACAAGCUGCAGUGAACGGCAAUGCAGCAAACCAGGCAAACAUGGAACGACGGGGACCAGUUGAGUUCAACCAUGCUAUCAGCUACGUUAAUAAGAUAAAGAACCGCUUCCAGGACAAACCUGAGAUUUACAAACAAUUCCUUGAAAUCCUACAAACGUAUCAGCGGGAACAAAAGCCAAUUCAGGACGUAUACGCGCAGGUUACUACUCUGUUCAACUCUGCUCCUGACCUGCUGGAAGACUUUAAGCAGUUUCUGCCAGAAUCUGCUGGCCAGGCAAAGCAGACUCCUAACCGAAUGGAUGAUGGUCCUCCAUCCGGCCCUAACCAGACACCACAGCCUGCUAUGAGGGAUGGACAGAAGAUGCCACCUCUCGGUAGUUUUGCACCGCCUGCUAGUGCGACCAAGGACAAUAAGAAGCGACCGCGAGCCGACAAACAGACUGUCCAGCCAGCAACUGUCCUAGCAGAGGCGACUGCAGCUGCACGGCUCGCUCCUCCUGCUGUUAACGGUAAUAAGAGACCCAAACUCAAUCAUGCCAGACCAGGAGGUGACAACUCAGCAGUCGAGCCGACUUUAACGCCUGUCAUGCCGGAACCGUACCCUGCUAGAUCUUCUUCAACUUCGAACCAGGACGAGAUUGCUUUCUUCGAGCGCGUCAAGAAGUUCCUCAGCAACAGAUCUUCGAUGAACGAGUUCUUGAAACUCUGCAACCUCUUCAGCCAAAAUAUUAUCGACCGAAACACGUUAUUUCACAAGGGUGCACUGUUUAUUGGUGCAAACCCUGAUUUGAUGAACUUUUGGAAGAGCUUUGUAGGUGUUGAUACACAAGAUGUCAUCAUUGACAACCGUCCUGCUCCCCCGACAGAAAAGGUAUCUCUUAGCAACUGUCGAGGCUAUGGCCCUAGUUACCGAUUACUUCCCAAGCGAGAGCGCCUCAAGCCCUGCAGUGGCCGAGACGAACUAUGCAACUCUGUUCUCAACGAUGAGUGGGCUUCACAUCCUACUUGGGCGUCAGAAGAUAGUGGAUUUGUUGCUCACAGGAAGAACCAGUUCGAGGAAGGCCUGCACCGUAUUGAAGAAGAGCGUCACGAUUAUGAUUUCAACAUCGAAGCUAACCUUAAGUGCAUCCAACUCCUGGAGCCUAUUGCUCAGCAGAUGCUUGCCAUGUCUCCCCCCGAAAGAGAGGGAUUUCAGUUGCCUGUUGCACUUGCCGGCCAAAGCACAUCUAUUUUCAAACGGAUUUGCAAGAAGAUUUAUGGCGACCGCGGUAUUGAUGUUGUCAAUGACAUGUUCACCCAUCCUUUUGAUGUCGUGCCUGUCCUGCUGGCUCGUAUGAAACAGAAGGAUGAGGAGUGGCGAUUCUCCCAGCGAGAGUGGGAGAAGGUUUGGCAUGCUCAGACAGAAAACAUGCAUCUCAAGAGUUUGGACCAUAUGGGCAUACUUGUGAAGCAGAACGACAAGCGACAUCUGACUGCUAAACAUCUUGUUGAUGUCAUCAAAACCAAGCACGAGGAACAGCGCCGCGAGCGAUCGUUAAAGGGUAGAACCCCUCGACAUCAGUUCAGCUGGGACUUUGCCGACAAGAAUACCAUCAUUGAUUUGUUACGCCUAAUGAUGCUGUAUAGUUUACACAACGGUCAGCACAGUACCCAGGAGAAGGAACGCAUUCUCGAGUUUUUUGAGUCUUUCAUCCCUACCUUCUUUGACAUUUCAGAGGAGAGCAUCCAGGACAAGCUUCCAAAGAUGCAGCCGGACUCUGGUGAAGACGAGUUGGAGGAUCACACACCUGCAGAGCUUACGAACGGCCGCAGCCGGCGUAACGGUCGGAAGGGAGAUCUCCUUAGAGGGGUUCUCGAUCCUGGCCGAAAUGGUAGCAAACCCCGUGGGCAAAAGGAGGAUAGUACCCCUGGGAGCAAGGAGACGACCCCUGAUGUUACCUCAGCCAACGAAGAGGAAAUGCCCGAUGCUUCUGAGGAGGUUGCCACUACGGACGUUUCCAACGAGCGCUGGAUGCCCAGCAUCCCUAAGCCGGUUGUUGUUGGCCAGAGCGACGUUGUGCUAAGUACAGAUGACGAGCUGAAGGCAGACGGAUUCUUCACUCGGCCAUGGUACAACUUCUUCUGCAACCAGACUCUGUUCGUUUUCUUCAGCAUCUUCCAAACCCUCUACCAGCGCCUUCAAGAUCUCAAGGAGGCGAAGGAAAUUGUGGCCAAGGAGGUGGACCGCCUCAAUAAGCAAAAGCCUGCUCGAGAUAUUGGCUUCACGGAGAACCACAUGAAGUUUUUCGAUGCCAACGAUGAUCCCGACAGCUACUGGCCGAAAACCCUUGAACUCAUCGAGGAGUACAUCGCCGGCGAAGUGGAUGAGAGUCGGUACCAGGAUGUGAUGCGACAUUAUUACCUCAAGACUGGAUGGAAGGUGUACACCAUCCAAGAUCUUCUCAAGACUCUUUGCCGUCUGGCCCUUACCUGCAGCAGCACAGACGCAAAGGAGAAGACCCCCGACUUGAUUGCACAAUUUCAGGCCAGCCGCGAGCGAGAGGAGACAAGCUAUCAGACUGAGAUUAGCGCUCGUAAGUUCGCCGAGAAGUGUGUUAAGGACGGAGACGUAUUCGUGAUAUGCUGGUUCCCUGCUAAGAAUGAGGCAACCGUGCGAUGGCUCCAACGGGAAGAGACCACAUUCUACAUGGAUGAAAUGCAGCUGCGCGAGCGUUGGCAGUAUUAUAUCUCAUCUUUCAUUCGCGUUGAGCCCACUGAGGGGGUCCCGAGAUCGAAACUCCAAAAAGUUGUGCUUUCUCGAAACCUUCCUUCAUCAGAUGCCGAUGCCGAUGAGGAUUCUAUUCCCAAACCCAUUUCCUACAAGGAAGACCUUACGAUUAGCAUUUGCCUUAAGAGUUCAAAGAUGCUAUGGGCUCCUGGGACUUCGGAAUAUGUCGUUUAUGAUCAAUCCCCCAAGUCGGCAGAACAGCGAGAGCGCCGUGAGAAGGUACUUCGUGCAUUGAGCGUGCACCGAGAGAAUAAGCUCCUCGAGAAGUGGGUGCACAACCCAGCUUGGACUAAGGACCUCAGCCCAGAGGAGGUUCAGGAGCAGAAUAAGAACUUCCGUACAUGGAUGGACGAUGGUGUCGUUCCUCCCAGUUCUGCUGAAGACGUGGAGAUGGAGUAG